AUGGCGAGCUCACAGAGACUUCUAGCUGCCGGCCUCGGCCGCCCCGCCGCAAGGGCGUUGCGUGUCCCAUCCCUCGCCGUUCGGCGCAAAUCUGGUCCCUACGGCUACACCCAGGCCAAGGCCUUGGUUUUCUCCAAGCCAGGCGAGCCCGCCGAUGUCCUGAGCCUUCACUCUCACUCCAUCUCGCCCAGCCUCCCGUCUUCCUCAGUCCUCGUCCGCUCCCUCGCCGCCCCCAUCAACCCGGCAGAUAUCAACACCGUCCAGGGCACCUACGGUGCCAAACCACCCUUCACCUCCCUCAUUGGAACUCCCGAACCAUCGGCCACCCCCGGAAACGAGGGCGUCUUCGAGGUCCUCUCGUCCUCCUCGCCCGACUUCGCCAAGGGCGACUGGGUCAUCCCCGCCAUCUCCCAGUUCGGCACCUGGAGGACGCACGCGGUGGCAGAAGCCUCAAAGUUCAUCAAGGUCGACAAGGCCGGCCUCUCCCCGCUGCAGGUCGCCACCGUCAGCGUCAACCCGUGCACGGCGUACCGCAUCCUGCGCCACUACGGCCCCAACGCCGGCGUCAAGGCGGGGCUGGGCAUGCGUCCCCUCGAGGUCGGCAGCGGGGAGUGGUUCAUCCAGAACGGCGCCAACUCG